GACGGUCCUAGGGGCUGUUGAGCGGCCCGGACCUGCAGAGGCCAAAAUGGAGACCGGAGUGUCAGAUGUCAGCAACCCCUCAGUAGAAGGCGACAGCCUGAUCCUGGAUCUCGACUUGUGUGAUGCCGACAGCUAUGACGUCCCGGAUCCAGGGCUGCUCAAGGAGAAGAAUGAGUCGUUUUCGGAGCCGGUCCCAGGGCUUUUUACCAGCAGCUUGCAGUGGCAGAACAUGACCCCGCGCGCCCGUGCCCGCCAGCUAUGGCUACUCCUGCGUAAAGGCCUCCGUGACUUCGUGGAAAAGGAAAAGAGAGCCGAGCUGUGCGUGGGCCGCUUGACACACGGGCUGGAGCCGCUGCGCCACCUGACGGUGGCAGCUGGGCUGCGCUCAGUGGCGCAGGACCCAGCGGGCGGACGCUUCGUGGUGCUGGAUGGUGCGGGCCGCCUGCACCUGCACAGAGAAGACGGCUGGGCUUACGAGAAGCUGUGUGCCCCAGCAGUGCUCACGGGGCUGGUGGCGGUGCCAGGCCCUCUGGGUGCUGUGGGCCGCUUCGUGGGCUGGGGCCCCGAGGGGCUGGCCAUACUAAGGCCUGACCUCAGCCUGCUGUGGCUGAGCAAGCCAGGGGCGGGCAGGGUGCCGGGCCACCAGCCCGUCUGCUGUCUGCCGGUGCCCAGCCUGGGGCUGUUGCUGGUGGCAGAGGAAGGCGGCAGCCUGGUGCUCUGGAAGUUCCGUUCAGGAGGCCGCUGCCUGGUGCCGUGUGGGUCACCUCUGCAGCUGCCACCAAGCCCUGCAGGUGCAGUCACCCGUUUGGUUCUCGGGCCCUUGCCUUCCCACCAAGCCCCGUGCUGCUUCGCGGCCUGUGGCUCGGCUGUGCUCACCUUUGCUCUGGACAGCUGGGCUCUCGUAGACGUGCGCCGGGACCUGCAUAAAACCACCAUCUCGGACCUGGCCUACUGCAAGGAGGUAGAGGCCAUGGUGACGGCUUCUCGCGACAGCACAGUGAAGGUGUGGGAGGCCGACUGGCAGGUCCGGAUGGUGUUCGUGGGCCACACAGGCCCAGUGACAGCUGUGGCCGUGCUGCCGAACACCGCCCUAGUCCUGUCAGCCUCGCAGGAUGGGACGCUGCGCACGUGGGACCUGCAGGCGUCAGCACAGGUGGGCGAGGUGGCGCUGGGCAGCCGGGGCCGAGGGGUGCCAUCUGGGCACGUGAACCGCCUGCUGGCGCCCGCUGGCCCCGGCUGGCCAGUGCUCUCUCUGAGCGCGAGCAGCGUGGAGCUGUGGCUCCUUCGCGAGCUCCACUCGCCGUUGGCGCAGCUGUCAGCGCCGGUGCUCCACCUGCAGACCGCGCCCGCGCCGCCCGCGCCCGCGCGCCCGCCGCUGCCUAGGCGCCUUGUGUGCGCAUGCGCCGACGGCUCGGUCUACCUCGUGUCGGUCGCCACCGGGCGCACGGUGAGCGCGCUGCUGCUCGAACCGGAGGACGGCGCAGCCUCGCUGCUUUAUUGCCUACCGCGCGAAGCACUGUGGCUGCUGACGCGCGCCGGGCACCUGGUGUGUGCCAACGCUGCACGAUGCCCCAUGCGCGUGCUGAACCGGGUGUGCCCGCCCCCGGCCCCUGCGCCCAGGCCCUGCUGCCUGCACCUAUACAGCCACCUCACAGACCCCAGCAGCGCAUUCGCCAGCUGGCAGAUCGUCCGCCAGCAUGGGGGCGAGCUGUGCCUCAGUGACCUGGCCCGACCCCGGAAGGACAAAAACCGGUACCUGCCCGUGGUGGGGCACACGGAUGGCACCCUAUCGGUCCUUGAGUGGCGCUGGUCGAAGCCCGUCUUCCAAACCGAGGCACACAGCCCGGGCCCCGUCACCGCCAUUGCAUCUACCUGGAACUGCAUCGUGUCCUCUGGCGGAGACUUGACCGUGAAGAUGUGGCGUGUCUUCCCCUAUGCUGAGGAGAGCCUCUGCCUGCUGCGAACCUUCUCUUGCUGCCACCCGGCGACGGUGCUCUGCGCUCUGGGGAAGCGGGUGACCGUGGGCUUUGAGGACCCAGACAGCGCCACCUACGGCCUGGUGCAGUUUGGCCUGGGCAACAGCCUCCGCUACGAUCACCGGCCCCAGGAUGACCCCACGGACCACAUCACUGGCCUGUGUUGCUGUCCCACACUCAAGCUGUAUGCCUGUUCCAGCCUGGACUGCACCAUCCGCAUCUGGACAGCCGAGAAUCGCCUGCUGAGGCUCCUGCGGCUGAAUGGCGCCCCUCAGGCCCUGACCUUCUGCAGCGACAGUGGGGACCUGGUGCUGGCUCUGGGCUCCCGACUCUGCCUGGUGUCCCAUAGGCUCUACCUGCCCACAUCUUACCUGGUUAAGAAGCUAUGCCGGAAGGUCCCUGAUGUGGUGGAUGACCCUCCCCUGCCAGUGACCACCCAGGAGUCGCUGACCUCAGCCCAGCUGCAGAGGCUCGCCAGCCUACGUGGGGUGGCCAGUCUUAGCACGGACUUGUCUUUCAUCCAUCACCAGACGGCCACACCUCAGCAGCCAGUGUUGGAGGAGGACCUAGAAGCCCUAGUUUCCCGGGAUGAAGACCUUCAGAUGCUGAGACUGGGGCUGGUGGUCCCGGCAGCCCAGCCCCCACCCUCCUGGCAACAGCGGCAGGAGGCCUUUGACAACUAUCUGCGUCUCGUCUAUGGCCCUGGCUUGCUGGGCAUGCGUUCUGGAAGAGAGUCCCAGCAAUGGAGUACUGUGACCCUCACACUGGAGAGAGAGAGCUGCGAUGUGUGUGCCUCGCCCACAGCUGCCCUCAGUCUUAGGCAGGCUGAGGUCUGCACCGAAGCCCUAAGGGGGCCGGCAGCCCGCCCCUUGCAGGACCUGGGGACCGGGGGCCAGCGCUUCGCCCCCCCUCCCCGAGUCCCCUUGCCCACCCCCCACCCCCACCGGGGGGUGCACGGCAGGGCCUCCCAGCUGCUGGCCCGCUCCUCUCUGAGCGGCAGCCUGGGCCGCAGUCUGGACCUGCAGCUGCAGUUGGAGCGGCUCCGAGGGGAGAAGCCUGUGGUCCCGGGCCUACCAUCCCCCCACGUGCAGCACAGGAUCCCCCUCCUGAUGAAGAGGCGGCCCGAGGAGCUCCUCUCCAACCUCCGAGGCUUCUUUCCUGCCACCAUUCAGCCCUAUGAGCCCUCGCGCAGGCCCGUCCACUUCCCCGGCAGCGUGCCCAACUCCGUGGUGCUGCAGCAGAUGUGGCCGCACAGGGAGGUCAGCGGCCUCGGAGCCCCCGCCCCGCUCACCAGCCACGGCAGACACCAGCCAGGUGGGAGCCAGGACAUGUGGCUGCCACGACGACGCGGGAGGCAGUGGCACGCCAAGUGGCAGCAGAAGCUGAUCCGGUGGUGGGGGGAAGAGGAGGUGGAGGAGGAGGAGGACGACGAGCUGUAUCUGGACUGGGCCUCCGACUCCCUGAGCCCACGCGGGCACCCCUCCGAGUUGGAGGAGGCCAAGAGCCCCGAGGAUUGGACCCCGAAGCCCUUGCACUCUCGUGACGCCUCCGCCGGGACCCAGGCCUCGCGCGGCCCCUCGUACCCCUUCAGGCGCUCGCUCUGGGAAGAGCGCUACGGCCAUCUGCCCAGGUUUCUGCAGUUUUUCGUCUGCCAGAACUGGUUCAAAAAGCUGUUCCCCAUCUUCAACCUGAAGGUGUAUCCCGAAGUGGGCACGGCGGAGGGCCUGGCCUCGCUGCUCAUGGACCUGCUGGACGAGGCCUCCUGGGCAGACCGCGUGCACAUCCUGGGAGCGCUGCUGCGGCUGCUGCCUGACGUGAGCAGAGACCUCUGUAACCGGCUGCGGGGCGUCCUGGAGCGCUGGCUCAACCUGGACCAGCCCCCCAGCCUCGAGGACCGGACGCAGAAGCAGUUCGUGAUGCUGGCGUUGCAGCUCCUUCUGGCCUGCUCCCUGGAGUCCCACGAGGUGGUGCUGGAGCUCAUGUCCUACUUCCUCUACUCGCCAGCCUCCUGCCGGCCCUGGCUCAAGAAGCUGCUGGAAGGGCUAGGCCUUCAGGAUCCGCAGGGCUUCCUGUUCAAGGAGAUGACGACCUGGGUCCAGGGCCCGGACGCCAACUGCAAGGCUGCACUGCGCCAACGCUGCUGCCAGAAGCUGGAGGAAAUGACGGAGCGGCUGACGGAGCGGCUACAGGAGGCCCCGUCUCAGAUUUCCGUGCUUUCUGGGUCACCUUUUCAUGUCUCGGUGACACCCUCAGCCCAUUCCUGGGCCCCCUCACUGGUGGUCUCACCUGGGGAGCUGGACUUGGCCACCCUUGGGUCCCAGGCCCAGCGAAUGCUUCCACCAAUGUGCUUCUGGCGGACCAGACGCACGCUGUCAGAGACACUGCGACACUUCUGCCCCUCGUCCGAGGUCCAUCUGCACCCCUCAGUACCCACUGCGCUGCCGGAUAAGCCACUGCCACUGGAGCAGACGGACUGGUCACAGUCGCAGAUGCUGGACCUGAGGCCGAUCGAUGCGCUCAACUUCUUCUGUGAGCAGCAGCGGGCCCGGCAGCAGAGUCCCCUGCAGGAGGAGCCCGAGGGCCCAUGCCUGAGCUUGCGCCCACCUGUGCCCAACACAGUGCUACCGCAGCCCUGGGAUCGCUGGCACUAUCCUAUCCUCAGGCUUCAGGAGGCCAAGGUCCAGAGGUCUCCGAUGAGACUGAGAGGCCGGAUGCCGUCCCGGCUCCGGGUGGGCAGUGCCCUCCAUGGCUCCAUCCGCAUGCUGAAACUGCCCCUGCCGAGGGUGGACAUUCGUCCCUUCCCCCCGGCCUGGCCCAGGCCUGCCCGUCCGCUGCCCCCACUGCUCCUGCAGCCUGCUUUACAGCGCUACUUUCUGCCAGAUGACACGAACCCCGACAGCUACAGUUGACCAGGCUGGUGGCCCCAGUCUCUUCUUCCCUCCAGCCUGGAGUCAGGAAGCCGCUUUCCAGCCAACUGUUCUCCCCCUAGAAAUAAAGUCCAGAGGUCGUGGCCAGAAAA